UUCCGUUCUCAAACAUUCUAGAAUCUUCAGGACUCGAUAAAAGCAGCUGCUGCGCGCCACUAUUCAAUACUCUUCAAAGUGACCGCGUGGAGGACGCGUCGCUGCUCCAAGGAAAUUUUCUCUCGUCGAGCUCGUCUUCUUCUCGAAUAAGGACUGCGAUUACGACGCAAGUGCAUUCGUGUGCUUUUAAUUCAGCUGUGAUCAACAUCUGUCUAACAUCAGUUAAAUAAUAAACUGAAAAAGAUGCCAGAGGACGUAAGCAUGGCGGAUGCUAACGAUGUUGAGACCUUCGCCUUCCAGGCCGAGAUCGCUCAGUUGAUGAGCCUGAUUAUUAAUACCUUCUACUCGAACAAGGAAAUAUUCAUCCGAGAAUUGAUCUCCAAUUCGUCCGAUGCAUUGGACAAAAUACGAUAUGAAUCUCUCACAGACCCAUCCAAGCUGGAUACAUGCAAGGAACUGUUCAUUAAGAUUGUACCAAACAAAAAUGACCGUACCUUGACAAUUCUUGAUUCUGGCAUUGGUAUGACCAAAGCUGAUCUUGUAAACAAUCUGGGUACUAUUGCCAAGUCUGGUACAAAGGCAUUCAUGGAAGCCUUGCAGGCAGGUGCUGAUAUUUCCAUGAUUGGACAGUUUGGUGUAGGUUUCUACUCGGCGUAUCUCGUGGCUGACAAAGUCACUGUAAUCUCGAAGCACAAUGACGAUGAGCAAUACUUGUGGGAAUCUGCCGCUGGAGGUUCAUUCACUGUUCGUCCUGACAAUGGCGAACCCAUUGGACGAGGCACAAAGAUUAUCUUGCACAUCAAGGAAGAUCAAACGGAAUAUUUGGAGGAAUCAAAAAUCAAGGAGAUUGUAAAGAAACAUUCUCAAUUCAUUGGCUAUCCCAUCAAGCUCGUUGUAGAGAAGGAGCGUGAUAAGGAACUGAGCGAGGAUGAGGAGGAGGAACCUGCAAAGGAGGGCGAGACUGAAGACGAAAAGCCAAAGAUCGAAGAUGUCGGUGAGGAUGAGGAAGAGGAUAAACCCAAAGAUGAGAAAAAGAAGAAGAAGAAGACUAUCAAGGAGAAGUACACUGAAGACGAGGAAUUGAACAAGACGAAACCAAUCUGGACAAGGAAUCCAGAUGACAUUACGCAGGAAGAGUAUGGUGAAUUCUACAAGAGCUUGACCAAUGAUUGGGAAGAUCACUUAGCUGUGAAACAUUUCUCUGUAGAGGGGCAGUUGGAAUUCAGAGCGCUGCUGUUUAUUCCACGUCGUGCACCAUUUGAUCUGUUUGAGAACAAGAAGAGGAAGAACAACAUCAAGUUGUAUGUACGACGUGUCUUCAUCAUGGACAACUGCGAAGACUUGAUUCCUGAGUAUCUGAACUUCAUCAAAGGUGUUGUAGACAGCGAAGAUCUGCCUUUGAAUAUCUCUCGUGAAAUGUUGCAACAGAAUAAGAUCUUGAAAGUUAUCAGGAAAAAUCUUGUUAAGAAGUGCUUGGAGCUCUUUGAAGAAUUGGCGGAGGAUAAGGAGAACUAUAAGAAGUGCUAUGAGCAAUUCAGCAAGAAUCUGAAACUGGGUAUCCAUGAGGACAGCCAAAACAGGAAGAAGCUUUCAGAGUUGCUGCGCUAUCACACUUCUGCAUCUGGUGACGAAAUGUGUUCGCUUAAAGAUUACGUCGGCAGGAUGAAAGAUAGCCAGAAGCACAUUUACUACAUCACUGGCGAGAGUAGGGAGCAGGUCGCCAACAGCUCAUUUGUGGAGCGCGUAAAGAAGCGCGGUUUCGAGGUCGUCUAUAUGACUGAACCUAUUGAUGAGUACGUCGUCCAGCAGUUGAAGGAAUUUGAUGGAAAGCAGUUGGUAUCAGUCACAAAGGAGGGCUUGGAAUUGCCAGAGGAUGAGGAGGAAAAGAAGAAGCGCGAGGAAGACAAGGCCAAGUUCGAGAACCUUUGCAAAGUCAUGAAGGAUAUCUUGGACAAAAAAGUCGAAAAGGUAGUUGUAUCCAACAGAUUGGUCGAUUCGCCUUGCUGUAUCGUCACGUCACAGUAUGGUUGGACGGCGAAUAUGGAAAGGAUCAUGAAGGCGCAAGCUCUCCGAGAUACAUCCACCAUGGGAUACAUGGCCGCGAAAAAGCAUUUGGAGAUCAAUCCCGAUCAUCCUAUCAUGGAGAAUUUGAGGCAAAAGGCUGAAGCUGAUAAGCACGAUAAGUCUGUUAAAGAUCUAGUCAUGUUGCUGUUCGAGACUGCUCUCCUGUCAUCUGGUUUCGCCCUCGAGGAUCCUCAGGUUCACGCAUCCAGAAUAUACAGGAUGAUCAAACUCGGUUUGGGCUUUGAUGAUGAGGAUACGCCGACUCCCGAAGAUGAAAAGAUGGAGACGGAAGUACCGACGUUGGAGGGUGAUGCGGAAGAAGCGUCGAGGAUGGAAGAAGUAGAUUAAGAUUUAUGUAUUAAGUUCUUAUUUAGAUUCAUCCAUCCAUAAAAAAAUACAAAAAAAUAUUUAGCGUUUUUUUUUUUUUAA